GAAUAAUAACAAUAAUAAUGAAAGACUAAUAAUUAUAAUAUAAAACAAUGGUUAAGCAAACUAUUCAAAUCUUUGCACGUGUGAAACCGACAAAGAAACCCACCUCGGGGUACUUUGUGGACUGUGAGGAGCAAGGCAGUAGUUUGGAGUUUGUUGUUCCCAGAGACUUGGCGGAUGGUUUUAUCAACAAUAAGAGGGAAAACUACAAUUUCAGGUUUCAGAAGGUUUUUGACCAAACAGCUAAUCAAGAGGAAAUCUUUGAGACCAUUGCAAAGCCUGUUGCUGAUAAUGUGCUGGCAGGUUAUAAUGGCACCAUCUUUGCCUAUGGCCAGACCGGAAGUGGGAAGACCUUUACAAUCACUGGAGGUGCAGAGCAUUAUAAUGACAGAGGGAUCAUUCCCAGAACUCUUUCUUACCUUUAUCAUCAUAUCAGCAAGGACAGCAGUAUGGUCUAUACAACCCACAUUUCUUACCUGGAAAUCUACAAUGAGGCCGGCUAUGAUCUGCUGAAUCCCCAACAUGAAGCAUCUCGUCUGGAGGACUUACCGAGGGUGACAAUAAUGGAAGACUCAGACCAGAACAUUCACCUCAAGAACCUGUCGUUGCAACAGUCGGCCAAUGAAGAGGAAGCUUUGGAUUUGCUUUUUUUAGGAGACACGAAUCGUAUGAUUGCAGAGACUCCCAUGAACGAAGCUUCUACACGGUCUCACUGCAUCUUUACCAUUCACCUGUGCAGCAAAGAGCUGGGCUCAGCCACGGUACUGUGUUCGAAGCUCCACCUGGUGGACCUGGCUGGGUCUGAAAGAGUGGGAAAGACAGGUGUGGGAGGUCAAAUCCUAAAAGAAGCUAAAUAUAUUAACCUCUCCCUGCACUACUUGGAGCAGGUCAUCAUAGCCCUGUCGGAGAAGAAUAGGUCCCACAUCCCCUACCGCAACUCCAUGAUGACCUCUGUGCUUAGAGACAGUUUGGGUGGUAACUGCAUGACCACCAUGAUCGCUACUGUGUCUGUGGAGAUGAGGAACAUUGCUGAGUCUAUGUCCACCUGUCGUUUUGCUCAGAGAGUGGCUUUGAUUAAGAAUGAUGCUUUGCUUAAUGAAGAACUGGAUCCUGCUCUGCUGAUUGUCCGUUUGAAGAAGGAGAUUGAGUCUUUGAAGGAAGAGCUGGCUCUAGUGACUGGAGAACAAAGAAGUGACAAGUUAAACCAAGAAGAGAUCCAGAAGUUGGAAGAGCAGGUAAAUGUGUAUCUGGAAGACCCUGACAAUGAAGUAACAUUAGACCUGGGGCCUGAUAUGAGGAAAAUCCACUUUUGUUUCUUUCUGCUAAAGGUACGAAUGACUGAGAAGCACUGUUCUGGCAGCAGUCCUCCUUUAAAUGGCAUGUCUGAUGGAGAGGACAGGAAAUCACAUGCUGAACUCCAAAAGCUGCGGGACACCGUGACCCACCGUGAUAACGAGAUCAGUAUAUUAGUGAGCAUGCUCAAGAGAGAAAAGAUGAAAGUUCAAGAUGUUACUUCCCAGCUGGCACAGUUACACAAUCCAAACACAUCAACCUGCAGUUCAUCACGGUCACCCACAGCCCUACAGGCGGAGGAGAAUGAAAAAUGCGACACCUCUCUUGAUUACAAACAUGCUCAUCAUUUGAUAACCAGAAAAAGGGUGCCGGAAUUAUCUGUUGGUAAGCAGGCUGCAUUUGAAGUCUUUCUGAGGGACCAUGAAGACCGUUUAACAAUUGAAGAUAACAGGGCUGUCCUGCAACAAAGGUUUGUUGAAGCUAAGACACUUGGUGAGCAAGUUAACCAGAUCAGGAUCAGAGUCAAUGAACUGAAGACCCAGCUGAAAAUUAGACGAAAGCAAAUGGCAGCCCAAGUCUUAACAGGAAACCAAACAGAAUCAGAGUCAGACUCUGUUGAGGAGAGAAUCCUUAACCAGAUAGAGGAGCAGAAGAAAAAUUACAAGAUCACAUCUGGAUGUUUAAAAGGGUUGAGGACAGAGAUUGAACAUCUACAGCUGUUGCGUGAAAAGUCAAAAGUGAAACUCCAAAGGGACUUCGAGAAUUGGUGGAUCCAGGAGGGUGCUAGACUACAGGGUUACAGCGCAGAGAACACAGGAAGCAGUCUAAGUCACGUCAGCCCUCUCAGCUGCAUGUUAACCAGGAACAAUAAUCCAAAAGGUGAUGACACUGAUCCUCACGAGAGAAGUCAAAGAAAAAGAGAUAUGAGAGAGAGAGCCUUGCCCUCAGCUGACCUCUCAUUUGCCUCUAUUCCUUUAACUGGAGAUAAACAGACUGAUGCCGAGAUACAGGCUUUCAUCAGAGCCAGACACAACCUGCUCAACAGCACAGGCAGACGAUCUGACGGUAGCUGCGUGGAUCUUGGACUGCCUGGUGAAAAUCUCAGCAUGGAUAAAAGACCAUCACCUGCAACUCAAUCUACAGAACUACUUGUCUUCUUAGCUGACUAUUCAGCAUAAUUUCACCGUCUCGCAAGGCUCAUCAACAAUAAUUCCAUCCAGAUCGUCCAAAAAUCGUGGGUAGUUUUUGAAGACCAGCUGACAGUCAGAGACCACAUUGCAAAGUCAGCACGGUCAUACAGGUU